CUGAAAUUCACUUCACAAACCUUCACUAUUUGUAGCCUUCACAACUUGUUUAAUUUCCUCUUCACCAAAAGCAAUAUAUAUCUUGGCAUUUUGCCAAACACAUUAUUUCUUGAACAUAUAAACAAUAUGGAUAUGGUGAUGAAGUUGGGAGCAACAAGCCCUGUGGUGAUAUUCAGCAAGAGUAGUUGUUGCAUUUCUCAUAGUAUCGAAACCCUAAUCCGUAGUUUUGGAGCAAACCCUACAGUUUACGAGCUCGAUAGACAUUCAAACGGGAAGCAAAUAGAGAAGGCACUAACUGAACUAGGGUGUCAGCCAAGUGUGCCUGCAGUUUUUAUAGGGAAUGAGUUUAUUGGUGGUUCUAAUGAAAUCAUGAGUCUUAAUGUAAGAGGAAAGCUCAAGCACUUGCUCAUAAGGGCUAAUGCCAUUUGGGUAUAGAAAUAGCAACCCUACGAGUUUUUUUAGUAAACCAACCACUUAAUUAUUGAGAGUCUUUUAGCUUCUUCGGAUGGUUGUUUUUUCUCUCAUUUUUCUUCUUGAUGUUUUAAUAAAAUUGUAAUUUUGGUUAUAGUCA